AAAACAGUUAAACCCUCUCCCGCUCAGCCGCUCUUCAAUCCCUUGCCCUGUACAGAAAAGCACCCGCCUUAAUACCCACCUUAUCCACAGUCGCAUGCACUCCAAUCCAAAUGUCCACUCUCCUCCUCCCCUCCAUCAAUUCAUUCCCCACCUUCCCCUGCAAAUUCAAAUGCCCAAAUGACACGGUUUCCGUCGUCGUACGCGCGUCAGCGGUCUCAGCCCCUGAGAAGCGAACCCGAAGGAAGCGGAGGCAGACCAAGGGCGACGAUGAUUCCUCGACUCCUUCUUCCUCCGCCGCCGAGAAGAGCCUCCGCUUCACCUUCAUGGAGGAGCUCAUGGGUCGAGCUCGAAAUCGCGACGCCAAUGGAGUCUCUGAUGUGAUUUACGACAUGGUUGCUGCUGGCCUCACCCCCGGCCCUCGCUCCUUUCACGGCUUGAUCGUCGCUCACGCUCUCAACGGCGACACCGAGGCUGCGAUGCAAUCAUUGAGAAGGGAGUUGAGUUCGGGGCUUCGUCCUCUCCACGAAACAUUCAUUGCUCUGAUUCGGCUGUUCGGUUCCAAGGGUCGUGCUACAAGGGGCCUAGAAAUUCUCGCGGCCAUGGAGAAAUUACACUAUGACAUUCGCCGAGCUUGGCUUCUUCUUGUUGAGGAGCUCGUUCGGACCCGCCAUUUGGAAGAUGCCAACAAAGUGUUCUUGAAGGGAGCCAAAGGUGGGCUCAGAGCUACUGAUGAGGUCUAUGAUCUUCUUAUAGUUGAAGAUUGUAAAGUUGGGGAUCAUUCUAAUGCCUUAGAUAUUGCCUAUGAAAUGGAGGCCGCUGGCCGGAUGGCAACAACUUUUCAUUUCAAUUGUCUUCUUAGCGUGCAGGCUACUUGCGGAAUUCCUGAAAUAGCGUUUUCUACGUUUGAGAACAUGGAGUACGGAGGAGAAGAAUACAUGAAACCUGAUACUGAGACAUAUAAUUGGGUGAUCCAAGCAUAUACCAGAGCUGAAUCAUAUGACAGAGUGCAAGAUGUUGCUGAGUUACUUGGCAUGAUGGUUGAAGACCACAAGCGUUUGCAGCCUAAUAUGAAAACCCAUGCAUUGUUAGUUGAGUGCUUUACCAAGUAUUGUGUAGUUCGAGAGGCAAUACGGCAUUUUCGUGCCCUCAAAACUUUUGAAGGGGGAACAAAAGCUUUACAUAAUGAAGGAAACUUUGGGGACCCUCUGUCUUUGUAUCUUCGAGCUUUAUGUCGAGAAGGAAGAAUACUUGAGUUGUUAGAAGCUUUAGAAGCUAUGGCCGAAGACAACCAAAAAAUUCCACCACGAGCCAUGAUUUUGAGCAGAAAGUACCGGACACUGGUGAGCUCAUGGAUUGAACCUUUGCAAGAGGAAGCUGAGCUUGGACAUGAGAUUGAUUACAUGGCCAGGUACAUUGCAGAGGGUGGGCUUACUGGUGAGCGUAAGCGAUGGGUGCCUCGACGAGGGAAAACUCCACUAGAUCCUGAUGUUGAGGGGUUUAUAUACUCAAAUCCUAUGGAAACCUCGUUCAAGCAAAGAUGUCUUGAUGAUUGGAAGAUACACCAUAGAAAGCUUUUGAGAACAUUACGGAAUGAAGGAGUUGCAGCUUUAGGGGAUGCAUCUGAAUCGGAUUAUAUUAGAGUGGAGAUGAGGUUAAGGAAAAUUAUAAAGGGCCCUGACCAGAAUGUUUUAAAGCCCAAAGCUGCUAGUAAGAUGGUAGUAUCUGAGUUGAAGGAAGAACUAGAAGCGCAAGGUCUGCCAACUGAUGGUACCAGAAAUGUUCUUUACCAGCGUGUCCAAAAAGCAAGGAGGAUAAAUCGUUCUCGUGGCCGACCACUCUGGGUUCCUCCUGUGGAGGAGGAGGAAGAAGAGGUUGAUGAAGAGAUCGAUGAACUAAUCUCACGUAUCAAGCUCGAAGAAGGAAAUACGGAGUUUUGGAAGCGGCGUUUCCUUGGAGAAGGCUUCAGUAGUGAUCAAGAAAAGGCUGUAGAUGUUUCGGAUAGUGCCACUGUUGUAGAUGUUGCAAAAGAGGUUGAAAACGGUGAGGCUGAAGCUGAUGAUGAUGACGACGGUGAUAAUGAUGAUAAUGAUGAUGAUGACGACAAUGACGAUGAUGAUGAGGAGGAGGAGGAGGUAGAGGUGGAGGUAGAGGUAGAACAAGCUGAGAGACAAGAUGUAGAAAGGGUUAAGGAAAAGGAAAUUGAAGCUAAGAAGCCUCUUCAAAUGAUUGGAGUACAACUGUUGAAAGAUUCUGACCAAACAAGUACGACAUCUAAAAAGUCAAGGAGAAGAAGGUCUCGAGUAUCAGCUGAGGAUGACAAUGAUGAUGACUGGUUUCCUUUAGAUAUAUUUGAGGCAUUUAAGGAGCUGAGGAAUAGGAAAGUUUUUGAUGUAUCUGACAUGUAUACACUAGCUGAUGCUUGGGGUUGGACAUGGGAGAGAGAAUUGAAGAACAGACCUCCUCGAAGAUGGUCACAGGACUGGGAAGUUGAGUUGGCAAUUAAAGUUAUGUUGAAGGUAAUAGAAUUGGGUGGAACACCCACGAUUGGGGAUUGUGCCGUGAUAUUGCGUGCAGCCAUAAGGGCUCCUCUGCCGUCAGCUUUCUUGAAGAUCUUACAGACUACACAUACUCUUGGUUAUGUAUUUGGCAGUCCCCUUUACGAUGAAAUCAUCUCGUUGUGUCUUGAUCUCGGGGAGGUAGAUGCAGCCGUUGCAAUUGUUGCAGACAUGGAGACUACUGGAAUCACAGUCCCAGACGAGACCUUGGACAGGGUGAUUUCUGCUAGGCGGACCACCUGAUACCGCUCUUAAUGCUAGUGCCUUGCAUGGGUUCAAAUUCACAGUUUUGCCCUGCUGUGUAAUUAGUAAUCACAACUAAAUUUUGCCCACUUAGUGGUAGUGUCCUCAUUUACUAUUAGCUUCAAAGAUAGUCAGAUUUAAUUUUCUUAGUGCAAGCAAAGGACAUAUAUGAUUAACGCUUGACCCUAAAGCAAACUAAAGAAAAUGGACUCGAGAGGAAAAAA